GAAAGUUGAAAAUUGCAUGUUAUCGAUCGGUGAAGUUUAUAGAUUUCUAUUUCUUCGUGAAAGCUUAUGAUAUGUCGACGCUAUGGAUGGGCGAUUUGGACACCUAUAUGGACGAAGCUUUUGUUACGAACGCUUUUGCAGCCAUGGGAGAGACAAUAGUUUCUGUAAAGAUAAUAAAAAACAGGACAACGGGAGCACCAGCAGGGUACUGUUUUGUAGACUUUAGUGACUCAAACUCUGCACAGAGAGCACUUACAAAGCUAAAUGGUUUACCUGUCACUGGAAGUAACCCAAUCAAAAGAUAUAAACUUAACUGGGCAACUUAUGGAAAAGACCUGACAAACUUAGGUCCUGAAUUUUCAAUAUUUGUUGGUGACUUGACACCUGAAGUAACUGAUGUAGAACUACAGGAUUUUUUCCAGAAGAAAUUCUCUUCAUGUAAAGCAGCUAAAGUUGUAUUAGAUGCAUCUGGGAACUCAAGAGGUUAUGGUUUUGUUCGGUUCUUUGAUGAAAGAGAGCACAAAAGAGCAAUGACUGAAAUGCAGGGAGCAGUUGGUUGUGGUGGUAAACCAAUUCGUGUGAGUGCAGCAACUCCAAAAAAACCUCAACCUGCAAACUCUACAGCACAAACUUAUGGAACUACUCCUUCGCUUACGAAUCAGUACAACUCUUAUGCGCAGCAAUAUCAACAAUAUCAACAAUAUGUACAGGCGUGGCAAGGCUAUCAUUAUCAGCAAUAUUAUCAACAGUAUCAACAGUAUCCACAAUAUAUGUAUGAUUACCAGCAACAAACUAAUACAACACAGGGACAGACAUAUGAACAAGAUGCAUCUGUUGUUCAUGGAGUCGACACAAGUGUAGAAGAUCCCAAUGAACCUAUUGACAUUGGUGCAGAAAAUAAACAACUKAUUGAUACAGAUAAUGAACUUUAUUAUGAAUUAGAAAACUCAAGAUGGCCCAGUGUGGAUUCAGUACAAAGUUCUAAACUGGUGACAACAUGAAAACAAUCAAAUAUUUUCGGAUCGUCUUCCAUUAUAGUAUCCAAUCCACGAUAAAAAUUAUUGAUGUUUUAACUUAAAAAGCUAUAUAUUGUUUAGACCAAGUUGUGUUUUUCUGCAGUCAAAGCUUCAGUAUUUGUAAAUGAUGCAGCAAAUAUUGAUAUUUGAAGAAUAAAGUUCAAUUUUGAAAACACC